AUUCAACCUGUUAACAAAAAAAAUUAAGCAGGGGGAAAAUAUCAACGGGAAGGAAAGAUAUAUAUACAUAUAUAUAUACACGUAUAUAUAUACAAUUUAGAAGUAUUCCCCAGGUGGCCACAAAGCAUGGGCUGUGUUCCAAGCACCAACCUCUCUGACAGCAGAGUGAUCUGUCACAGUAGCAAUGAGUCUGAGGAGUACAAUUUCCCUCACCAGACCAACACAACCAUGUCUCAACAGCAGCAAGGCAACCCCGUCCCAGGAUUAUUCAUUAAAUGCUACAACACAUCCACUUAUGAGGCGAGGACUAAUUCCUCUAAGAAAGACAAGAGGGAGAACAGCCAGAGCAUGGAGGCAGAGGCCCAGACCGGCAGAUCCAAUGUUAAGGCACCAGUAACAGAUGUGCAGUUUGGCCCUAUGAGACUCCAUCAAGAUCAACUUCAGGUACUUUUAGUGUUUGCUGAGGAAGAUGAGCAGAGUAACGGGUUCCGCUGGGCGUGUGACAAGGCUGGAUUUCGAUGUCAUGUUGCCAGGACACCUCAGUCUGCACUAGAAUGUUUUCUAGAUAAACACCAUGACAUUAUCAUUAUUGACCAUAGACAUUCCAGAUACUUCGAUGCAGAAGCAUUAUGCAGGUCUAUCAGAACAACGAAAGCCUCAGAAAAUACAGUCAUUAUUUGUGUAGUACAAAGGCACACUGAAGAGUCAUCAAUAUUGCCCCUGAUCUCUGCUGGCUUCACAAGGAGAUACAUAGAAAAUUCUAGUAGAAUGGCCUGUUACAAUGAGUUGAUUCAGCUGAAAUUUGGACAGGUGCAGGCACAAUUCAAACUAAGGGCAUGUAAUUCAUUAUUUACAGCAUUAGAGAAAAGUCAAGAAGCCAUUGAGAUCACAAGUGAAGACCAUGUAAUACAGUACGUCAAUCCUGCUUUUGAAACAAUGAUGGGCUAUCAAAUAGGUGAACUAAUAGAAAAGGAAUUAACAGAAAUGCCUAUAAAUGAAAAAAAAGCUGAUUUCCUAGAGACUAUUAAUUCCUGCAUAAAGAUAGGAAAGGAAUGGCAAGGAAUGUACUAUGCGAAAAAGAAAAAUGGAGAUAGCAUACAACAAAAUGUGAAGAUACUGCCUGUCAUUGGACAGGGAGGAAAGAUUAGACACUAUGUGUCAAUUAGUAGACUGUGCAAUGACAACAAUAAGGUGGAGAAGACGUGUGAAUGUAUUCAGGCUGAAUCUCAGACAGAUACUCAGACUUGCAGACACAAAGACAUGAGGAAAGGAUCCCUGGAUGUCAGAUCCACAACAUCACGUGGGAGUGAUGGCAGCUCCCAGCGGCGUCGCUCCUCCAUGGCCAGGGUCCAUUCCAUGACUAUCGAGGCUCCCAUCACCAAGGUAAUAAACAUCAUCAAUGCUGCACAAGAGAGCAGUCCCAUGCCAGUUGCAGAGGCUUUAGACCGGGCUUUGGAGAUUUUAAGAACCACUGAAUUGUACUCUCCACAACUGGGGACAAAAGAUGAGGAUCCACAUACAAGUGACCUUGUUGGAGGGUUAAUGACAGAUGGUUUACGAAGAUUAUCAGGGAACGAAUACAUAUUGUCAGCAAAACAAACUCAUCAGGUCGCUGGCAGUCUGAGCUCUCCCAUCUCCCUCAAUGACAUACCCCCACGGAUAACACAGGCAAUGGAAAAUGAGGAACAGUGGGAUUUUGAUAUCUUUGAACUUGAGGCUGCCACCCAUAAAAGGCCUUUGGUUUAUCUGGGUCUCAAAAUAUUUGCUCGCUUUGGAAUCUGUGAAUUCCUAAACUGUUCAGAAUCCACUCUGAGGUCAUGGUUACAAGUUAUUGAGGCUAACUACCAUUCCUCCAACUCCUACCAUAACUCUACUCAUUCAGCAGAUGUACUACACGCUACUGCUUACUUCUUGUCUAAAGAAAGAGUAAAGCAAACUCUGGAUCCGAUUGAUGAGGUUGCUGCGCUCAUUGCUGCCACGGUCCAUGAUGUGGAUCACCCAGGAAGAACAAAUUCUUUCCUGUGCAAUGCUGGCAGCGAGCUCGCCAUUCUCUACAACGACACGGCCGUGCUGGAGAGCCAUCAUGCUGCCCUGGCUUUCCAGCUCACCACCCGGGAUGGCAAAUGCAAUAUAUUUAAAAACAUGGAGAGGAAUGAGUACCGAACCCUUCGCCAAGUCAUUAUUGACAUGGUCUUAGCAACAGAAAUGACAAAGCACUUUGAGCAUGUCAACAAGUUUGUCAACAGCAUUAAUAAACCCUUGGCAGCGCUAGAAGAAAAUGGGAAUAAUGGUGAUGGAGAGUCAAUCAAAACUGUUCUCAGGUCUCCUGAAAACCGUAUUCUUAUCAAACGCAUGUUGAUAAAGUGCGCUGACAUUUCCAAUCCAUGCAGACCCAGAGAACAGUGUAUAGAAUGGGCCGGACGCAUCUCUGAGGAGUACUUUGCACAGACUGAUGAAGAAAGGAGACAAGGUUUACCUGUUGUGAUGCCAGUUUUUGACAGAAAUACUUGCAGCAUCCCCAAAUCCCAAUUAUCAUUCAUUGAUUACUUCAUUAUUGAUAUGUUUGAUGCCUGGGAUGCAUUUGCAGACCUGCCAAAUCUGAUGGAGCAUCUGAAUAAUAACAUUAAAUACUGGAAAGGACUGGAUGGAAGGAACCUGCGAGUCCUUCGACCACCACCAGAAUAGCGGUUAGACCACGGCGUGUCAUUCACUAGCCAGAUGCAUAUUUAUUCAAGCUCACUUUUAUCUGUGUGAAUUCAGAUUUGUUUUGGUCUCUUCAGUAUUACAGUAAAGCUAGCCCAUGCACUUGGGGAACUUUCACAUUCAAGAGAACACGAGGUCAGCAGUUGACUUCCACAAAGUACCAUGUGUGGACUCGGAUGAAAUAAGCCCACCAAGUGGAAUUACACUGGAUUGCUGGAGUACUUGUACUGAGGAGGGUUUAUUAUGAACAUACUUCUGCGAUACCUUCAUACCAGCACGUGAAGCUGGAAGACCUUGAAGAGAAUCCUCAUAAAAAGGACAUUCACUAGAAGUUUAUCUAUUAAUAGAGACUCACAGCUUUUAUGAGAAAGCUACAUGCUUUUUAUAAGCACUUAAGACAGUUAUGUAGAACAAUCAGACAUUUAAAGUGCAACUGUCUAUGAAAGAAUUUUUGAUCUAUGAAAAAUAGAUGUACUGUAUUUUUUCACAUCACAGAAGGUGCAAUCAUUCACUUCUGAGCACUACUGAAAGUGAGUUCUCCUUAAGAAAUUUAGUAGCAAAUGUAAAAAAUAACACAAGAAUUUUUGAGGUUGAUCGUUAGCAUCUAUGAUUAAAAUGUUAUGUUUUAUUUAUUUUGUUAGAUGUUCAAUAUUUUCUAUGAAUUUAUAAAUACUUAAAAGCCAAAGCCAACUUUAGAUGCAUUAUAAAUUUACAUGAUUCAUACUCAUUAAUAUACAUUUAAUUGAUGUACAGACCUUUUAUUUUCAUAAUGCAAAUACAAAAUACUAUACAAUGAUACAUUUUUAUUGCACUGUAAGGAUAGAUGUGUAUGUUUAAAUAUUGUCUGAUUUAUGUUAAUUAAAAUAAGUUUUAUUAAAAAGGUCUCACUUGAGAAUAGUAGAAUAAACAAGAACUGUAUACUGUCUGAGCACCAGAACUGCAGUAGUUCUCCCACAAACCAGUGAGGACCACCUGAUCUUCUCUUGGCUACAAAAAUAAUAAUGUGUUGGAGCUCUUUGUUUUCUCAUGACAUUUUAUGACUGAAUUCCCUGUUAAAGUCUGCCUUAUUUUAUAUAGUAUUUCUACAAAGCAUUCCACAGCAUAUAUGAAGAGGUGAUACUAAGCAUCUAAUGAAUUUCAACAUUUUAUAGCCAAUGUAUUUUCCUCUGCCAUAAAAGAAAAAGAACAUAAAACCACCAACAAAAACCUUUAACUCAAGAAGUUUGUAAAGGCUGUGUACCUUCACAAUUUGAAUGAAACCUUCAUAGCAACAACCAGAAAAUAAUAAAAUGUAUAUUUUAAGAAGUGUCAAGUCCUACCCAUUUCAUUUGAAAUGUAUGUGCACUUUGUAGUCUGCAGACUAACAAACGCAUGAAAUUCUUUUAAAAAUAACUAAGAUACUUUUUUUCUGGGGAAGGGAAAAGUUGAGGGGGGCUGAACUGGCAUAAGGGUGAUGAAAGGUGGUAUGUAGCUGGCAAGCCCAUCAGACCCUUCUGAUGGGUCUCUUCACAGCCACACGCAGUGUCACGCUGUGCUCCACUGAAGGACUCGAGGACUAUCCCGUCAGCCUUCCCAGUCAACAGAAAGGCACCAAAAGGCACUGAAAGAGUUGCUGACUGUCAUUACUGCAGAGGCAAUUGACUUUAGACACCUUCUGAACCAUUCCUGUAGAAGCAGAAGCCGGGAAGAGGUGGAUGAUGGAGCUGUUCAGGGACUGCAGCAGGAGCAGCCUUAAGGCUCCUGUGUCGCCAUUAGAGGAAAAUUGCAUCAUACCAUCAGUAUCUCCUCCACUUAUCUGCUGCGGUGAGGAUGGGAGAGGAAGUGUGGGCAUGAGCAUGUGGGCCCAGAGACUUGUCUGCAGUGCCUUUUCGUCUGGGUGUUUCUGUUUGUCCCAGUAGAGGAAUCAUUGAUAAAACACUUAAGAAAAUGUGUCUUGAACAUGAAGGAAUUGAGCAAUGGCAAAGCCAUUCCUGCCUAAAAGAGAAGAAAGGAUAAUAGAUAUCUAAUAAUCACUUGCUGGGUGCUGAGAAACAGCACAGGCAAGCAGUAGUCAGCUGUGCCCUUCAGUGAGACCAGAAGGGUUUGAUUCGUGACUCUGCAAGGAGUGCUGUGAAAUGAAGUCUCAGAGCGAUUCGCAAGCUUCAAAACAAAUAAUCUCUCUGCUGAUGUGUGACAUCAUGCCUCCAAGAGAUACUGGUCAGAGCUCCUGAGAUGCCAGAGCUUCAUCCUCCCACCCCACUGUGUGCUGAGCUUGGUGAGACUCCCGGGAGAACCGAAUGCCAGCGGUGGGCACAGAGUCCCAGCACUGUCCCCAGGCUGGGUGAUGCCAGCUAUUUCAGGCUCUGCUUACCGAUCUGUACAUAUUAAGGGAAGGAAUGGAGAUGGGACAAGCACAGCAGGCGCUGCACAGGACGGUGGCUGCUGGAGACAACUCAGCUGUGCGUGGAUGGAGCCAUCACUGGGGAAGGCGCUCCAUGGCCCAGCCGAGGGCAGGCCCUUUGUUCCCGGCUCCAGCAGUGGGUGAGGAGGGACACUGGACAUGCCUUCGAUUAUGAUAAGUUCUGUCGCUGCCUUAGCUGUCCUGUGCCAUGCCUGGUGAUGACCAUGGGGUCAUUCUCCUGAGCAGACUGCUCUGUACUCAGCCACCUGGCCUGCAUUCUCCAGUAGAUUCACCAAGCUGGCAGCAUAACAACGGGGCUCUUUGGUCCCUGUGGAGUCCCACUGCAGAGGUGUCUGAGCACCUCACAUUUGGCUGAGGAAAUCUGCCCUUGCACAGUCCAGUGAGAAGGUUGUGAAGUCCUGGGGACUCGACAGUUCAGUUCACUAGUUGGAAAGUAUUUUGCCAGGUCACAGCUAUGGUUUAAACACUUGAGGUGAAAGCUGAUGGUGGGGAGUGGGAUCAUGAGUUCACCAGCAGCCUUUGUGUAUUAGAGACUCUGUUUGGAGGUUCAGAUGUCCUCAUACCUCUGCUCUGAUACCUGUGAUUUACACUCUUUCAGGUAUAUACUUGAAAAUAAGAAUGAGGCUCUCAGUUUUUGGUUGAUAGGGGUAAAACAUGUUCCAGUCAGUAGUAGCUGGACCCAGAGUCAAGGGUUUAAAGCAUUUUGAAGCAAAGAAUGCUGCUUUCUCACCACUUCAAUCCCCUGCACAGGAGCUGUUCCCUGGGGUGGCCAUGCCACCAUCAGCAGGGCACACAUAGCCACAAGCUGCUCUGCUCACAGUCAGACAAAGCAACUGACAGUUUCUGGCCUGCUUACAGGCAUAAAGUGACCAUAAAAAACUUUUCUGCCCUGGAAAUAUUUUAAUUCCUGGUAGGUUAAGAAAUUACCCUGUGCUGGUAUAGCUCAGUGUUGCUAAACCCAUCCUCUAAGGCUUUUGAAACAGAUAUCCAAGAGCAGAUGGUACUAAUCACUGCUGUAGUGACAUACUCAGCUCCUGUUUUUGUGGUUUCUAAAGGCCUGUUUUGGCAAGACUUUUUUAAAGCUAUUUGAAAAGAACAGACAAGCUUUUGACACACCAUUCUAUGUAAAAUCUCUUCAGUUUUGCCAAUGGCAUUUAUUUGUAGAGACCCUGCAUAUUGUAGAGGCCACUGCUUGUUCCUGGCGAUUCCCUAGAUGGAAACUUGAACCAAUGAUAUUUGUAAUGAAUGUACAAUAAAUCUGUGGAAAAGCUUC